GAUCCGUCCAUCAGGAGCCGCUCUACCGUUGUUGCGUCACACGUUGUCCAACCUCGCUUACACGGAGCCCGGUUUAUAUAACUAUAGCGCCUUGCUCGUGUUCGUCUGUUCUCCCCCUCCACGUCUGCUGUGCGACGGCUUGUCUCGACACACUAUCUCAUCAUGCAGCGCGCCACGCUCUUCGGCUCUGUUAGGCGUUCGUAUGUCUCUGGACGGUCGGCUUUUGCUCUUUCCAGAGGGUUCGCAACGUCGAUGAGGACGCUGGACGGAAGUAAAAUCGUGGUCACCAAGCCCGUCGUCGAGCUCGAUGGAGAUGAGAUGACGCGCAUCAUCUGGAAGAAGAUCCGAGAAGAACUCAUCCUGCCGUAUCUCCAACUCGACAUCAAGUACUUUGAUCUUGGCCUUGAAUACCGCGACCAGACGAACGAUCAGAUCACCGUCGACGCCGCGAAUGCUAUCAUCGAGCACAAGGUCGGCAUCAAGUGCGCGACUAUCACCCCUGAUGAGGCACGGGUGGAAGAGUUUAAGCUCAAGGAGAUGUGGAGGAGUCCCAAUGGAACGAUCCGUAAUAUUCUUGGUGGAACCGUUUUUCGCGAGCCUAUCAUCCUGAAGCGCGUCCCGAAGCCUGUUCCAGGCUGGGUGAAUCCCAUUGUCAUUGGUCGUCAUGCGUUCGGUGACCAGUACCGGUCAACAGAUUUUGUCGCCCCUGGACCUGGUAAACUCCAGUUGGUUUACACCCCUGCUGAUGGCGGCGCACCAACGACUAUGAAUGUUUAUGACUUCAAGGGGAAGGGUGUUGCCAUGAGCAUGUACAACACCGACGAGUCGAUAACAGGCUUCGCGCAUGCAUCGUUCAAGAUGGCACUAUCAAAGAAGAUGCCUUUGUUCAUGUCUACGAAGAACACCAUCAUGAAGAAGUACGAUGGACGUUUCAAGGAUAUCUUCCAGGAGAUUUACGACAAGGAAUACAAGCCCUUGUACGAGGCCGCUGGCAUCUACUAUGAACACCGUCUUAUCGAUGACAUGGUUGCCCAAGCCAUCAAGUCCUCAGGCGGCUUCGUCUGGGCUUGCAAGAACUACGACGGUGAUGUUCAGAGUGACAUCCUCGCUCAAGGUUUCGGCAGUCUCGGCAUGAUGACCUCCGAGCUCAUCACUCCGGAGGGUGACAUUAUCGAGAGCGAAGCCGCACACGGCACUGUGACGCGCCACUACCGCGAGUACCAGAAGGGCAACGAGACCUCGACGAACCCCGUGGCGUCCAUCUUCGCGUGGACCCGUGGUCUGCUUCACCGCGCCAAGCUUGAUAACAACGACCCGCUGCGCAAGUUCUGCCUUGAUCUCGAGGCGGCUUGUGUGGAGGUUAUUGACGGGGAUGGCAUUAUGACCAAGGACCUUGCCCUUGCGAUCUACGGGAAGGCGAUGAAGCGCGAACACUGGGUUGUUACCGACAAGUAUAUGGAUGCCGUCAAAGCUAAGUUGCAAGAGAAGAUGGCUGCUCGCGGUGCAAAGCUCUGAGUUCACACUCAACUACAUCCCCGAGUUGAUAUAGGUCGUUGGUUGUUGUGGCAUGUAUAUCCGGGAGAGCGCUUCGAGUUGUAUCUUUUAGCUGUUGUUUGUAUUCUACAUGAGGAGGACGUUUACGAGCCAUCUCGCAUUUACCACAAGAUCUAGCAAUAUCAUCUU